ACACUAUCAUAUACAAUAUGAAUAGGGAAAACUUAUUUGAUCAGAAUGUGUAUAAAAAAGGUAUUUUUUUGCAAGUCAAAACACCCUUCCCCCGCAGAAAUUCCUUGCUAUGGCCCUGCUUUAUAACAUUGAGUUCCAGUUGCGUAAUUUUCAUUCAACUCCUUCCUGAAACGCAUCCUAAAUUAUUUUUUUCCCUAAGAAUGUGCUGUUGCAUUUCUUACCCCAAACCAUUGAGAAGUUAAUGUACGAUUUUUAUCUCUCACUUAAAUGUCAGCUCUGUGAAAAAAACUUUCCUCUGUCAUAGUAAGUAGAGUGUUGAAUUUCAUUAUCCACAGCCAAGCCGAUUAUUAUCAUCAUCAUCAUCACCACCACCACCACCACCAUCAUCAUCAUUAUUAUAAAGUGUUGUUUAUCCAGGGUAGCCUCAUCAGUAACAUUCAUUGUUCUCCCAGAGGGCACUGCUACAUUUAAACACAUGAAAAAAAAGCAAAGGACUACAGAAUUAAAAGAUACAAAAAGAGUUCAGUUUAGCGGGUUGUGUCUUAUCACCUGUUUGAAGAUCUACAGUUUCUCCAAUUGGAUGAAAUAAAUGAUGUAAUUUAAGAGUGCAAUCCGAUGGAAUAUCAUACUGCCGACGGAAUAUCAAUCCACACAGUUGUACUAUGUACUGUAAUCGUUUCCUUCUCUGUUUAACAUUUUGGUAUAAUGAUCCCAUAAUUAUCAGCAUGUCUGGUACAGUCAAAUGGGUGUUUGAAAAUUGAACAUGCAAAUCUCAAGACUGAUCAUUGGGUUUAAUUGCAGGCGAGCAUUGUAAAUAAACCAUAUCUUUUAAUGAAUAAGUUAGACUUUGGUUUCUACAUCAAACAACCUCUUGGCCAUCAUGUAUUCCCGCUACAUGGAUGAUAUACAUUUUAUACCUGCAUGCCAAAUACCAAACUUGACAACCGGCCACACCAAGCCUCAUUAGUAACAAGCGUCACCGACGCUCAAAGCGUCACAUCCGCGGAACUUUGCUGAUUGAUCCCAUGCGGGGAAAAAAAAUCAAUAAAUAUGAAAAACCAGCAAAAGAUUAUAUUAACCGGAUUAGGGAAUCUGAUUCUCGGCAUCACACUCCUGUAUUUUCUUGUGACUGGGGCCCAUGAGAGUGGUUUUGGUAUCUGCAUUUUACUAGGGUGGGCAGGGGCGGUGCUGAUGGGUGUAGGUCUGAUCUUUCUCCACAUUGGAAGUUUCACCUGCUGCCCGUUUACCCCAGUCCCCCUCCUGGUUGUCAAGUACAUCGUGCACUGGAUUGGUGUGAUUAAAACUCGAAAAUACAUGAGCUCAUUCGAGCUAAGCACCCAAGACUGUAGCAAAUUUCAAAGGGAGUUUCUACUCGAGAAUAUCCGAAGCUACGAGGACACUGCCUAUGGCAAAGACUUUAACUUGAAAGGUAUUUCUAGUGUUGAAGACUUCAUCACCAGACACCCUCUGACAUCGUACGAGCAUUACCGCGAAUACAUCAAGCGAGUGGCAAAUGGCGAAGUCGGGGUGAUGUCCCAUGAUACUCCCGCAAUCUUAGGCAUGACGUCGGGAACGACUGGCGAUGCAAAACUAUUUCCGAUUAGUCAGGUAAACCUUUCGGACUUGUUCGGAAGUGCCGCUGCAGUAAGUACGGUCUUGCAGAGUAGAGCAGGUAUUGAAAUGGCUGGACCCCUCCAAGUUACUUGCUGCCUGCUGACUGGUGUGCCAAAUACUAAGUCCGCAAGUGGUAUCCCGAAGGGACCGGUUACCUCUUUCAUGGUGCCGGAAAACAUCAAAGGGGUCAUUUUCUCAACUCCUCUAGUCGGUUACCAGAUCAUGGACGAGCCAACAUCGAUGUACGUACAUGCCCUCUUUGCAUUACGCGAUAAAAACCUGUCAUCCAUUUGGGCACCAUUUGCGUCAUCCCUGUACAUCUUCCUUCGAGUAAUCGAAUCUUCCUGGAAAACAUUGGUCCAGGAUAUCCGCCGUGGUUCAAUUUCGAAUAGCCACCCGUCUCUUUCCGACAAAGAUCGUGGAGAUAUCGACGCCCGAUUGUUCCCGAUGCCAGAAAGAGCCGAUGAGUUGGAGAGACUGUUCAUGAUCGGGUUUGAGAACAUCGUGUCUAGGAUCUGGCGGAAGGUGACUGCUCUGGGCGGGGCUACAUCAGGGUCUAUGCAAAGUUACGUGAAGCAUCUCAAGAGAUACACAGGAGAUUUGCGUAUCUUGUCUCGCUACUACACCUCAACCGAAGGGUUGAUUGGUUACGCAAUCGGUUUCCCGGAAGAUGGCCAAACAGAAUACGUUUGCAUACCAAACGGACUCUUCUAUGAAUUUAUUCCUGUUGCCCAAUGUGACGCUAGGAACCCUUCCACAGUGUUGAUGGGAGAUGUCAAAGAGGGGGAAUAUUACGAGGUGGUGAUCACGAACAAAGAUGGUCUAUAUCGCUAUAGAAUGGGGGAUGUCAUCCUUAUCACCGGAUUCUACAACCAAACCCCUGUCUUUCAGUUUCAAUACAGACGAGGAGAACUUCUGAAUCUUUGCUCGGAGAAAACAUCGGAUGUAAUGAUAACGACUGCCCUAAACGACACAGCGAACAAAUGGGGGAUUGAUAUGGCACAAUAUGCCUGUGCUGAAAGCCCUGUCUUUGAGGAGGCAACAGGAGGGAGCACAUUUUCAAAUUCUCUGUAUUACGUCAUUUUCAUUGAAAUAUCUACUACCGAUGUAAAGACGAUUUCAUCGUUGCCGGGGAGCUGAGAAGUUCAAGUACGAAUUUGAUGCAACACUACGCAGAUCCAACGACUCUUAUUACGACAACCAGCGAACUGCCGGUAAGUUGCAGUCACCAA